AUGGCGCCGCGCCCGUCAGGACGUCGCCCGAACGUGCACUGGCGGUACUGGUCACGAGCUAUCCCCGCUGCCGCCGCCGCCUCCGCCUCCGCCGCGGCGCACUCCAAGGGCUCCCGGGAGACAAUGCCGUCCGUGCCGCGAACACGGAUGCGUGUCGUCGCGAUACUGAGUGCAGUGCACUCGCCGAGCACCGCUGCUGUGGCGACGAACGACUCGGGGAGGACGACGCGCGAGUUCAUGGCAUUCUGCCACGUCGUCAUGGACGGAGCCCUGGCCGGUCAUCCGGUCGGGUACCGUGAGAUCCUCACGACCGGCGCUGCGUCUUUCGAAUGCAGUCGUGUACUCGUCCCGGUCGUACCAGGACACUUGGCGCAGACUACCUCCAACUACUCUUGCACUGGAGAGCUCUCGCCGCUGAUGCAACGCAGACCACGCGUACCGGACGCUGGCACAACCCCUGCGGGACCACGCUCACCGCAGACGAAUGGAGCAGCGCGCGUGCAGGGCCGCGCCGUCCGAGUGUUGGCAACUGGAUCCGCCGCCGCCGCUUCGCAGCGCGGCACCGCGACCCAGUAG